UUCUUUUAUGUUGUGUGGAUAGGGAGUCUAUGCGGUGAAUUGCUCAUGCUGUGUGUGGAAUGGGACUGCAGUUUGUCCUAUGUGGUUCUAUUCACAGUUCUCAUGGGACUUGCCAGCACAGUAGUUAGUGUUGCUAUGUGGAACAAUUUAAUCUCCAAGAAAUUCUCUUAUAGUUUAUUGUCUGCUCACCGGAUAAACUAGGAUUAUAUAUAUAGGACGCAUGUUUUUUAGCCCACCGCAUUCAUGAAGCAUUCUUGGACGUACAACCAAAGCUACAACUUAAACCGGUGGAGUACCAAAACGACGAGUAAAGAAAACACGGUUAGUGUCUGCGGCCAACCAACGUGAGCAGCCAUCUAACCGCCAAAGUCCACGUGUGUGGAUGAUCCAAGUGACCAAAAUCUCGGCUUCGAUUGUGUCUUCGAUCGUGGUUGAAUUUCGCAUCGGGCAUGCAGAGCAUGUUCACAAGAGGUGUACGAUACUAGGCCUACCACCAGCCACGCGCACUUAAGACUACUUGACCAUCUGAUCAACUAGGUUUCUGUAUGUUCGACGUUUUAUCGUACGUAAGCAUCACCGGAGUUCAGCAUCCAUUGUGUACAGUUGGAAUACAUGUACCUUUAGGACUUUCAAGUACCCUGAAUCUUGAAAUGCCCAUAAUUUUUGGGGGGCUCGGGAAGAGUUCAUUACCGAUUGUUACCUUCAUCUUGAUUUUGUGUCGAUGAAAUUGACUCAAUCAGCCUCAGAUACAUUUUGGUGGAUCAAGCAAACUAAGAUUUGGUAACACUAGGCUUCACCGCAGCGCAAUUAGCGUCACCUGACUGAAGAAGAGAGAGAGUGAGACGUCAGUGGAGUAUUUUAAUGAGCUUUGGUUUUUAGUGACUGUUGCCGAUAAUAAAAAAAAAUGGCAAAUCCUAUUUUCGGAGGAUUGUUCCUCAUCUAUGCGUUCCUGACCAGUAGUACCACCGAGGCUGCUGGCUGCGAGGCUAUCCAGCUACCCAUGUGUUCCGGUAUGAAAUACAACAUGACUCAGAUGCCGAAUCUCCUGCACCACAGCGCUCAGGAGAACGCCAAACUCUCAAUCGAACAGUUCCAAGAUCUGGUCAACACAAACUGCAGCGAUCUCCUCUUGUUUUUCCUUUGCACGAUGUACGCGCCUAUUUGCACCAAGAGUCUGGAGUUUGAGGUUGAGGCCAUACCACCGUGUAAAGGAGUCUGCGUUGAGGCGCGGUCCAAGUGUGAGCCGACUAUGCUGAGGUACAACGUAACGUGGCCGGACUAUCUGUCGUGUCAGAACCUCCCAGAGUACACGAGAGGCGUGUGCCUCACGCCGGAGGCGAUUGUGGACACGAUGCCAGAUGAAGAAAAAGAUCUGAUUACAGACCAACCAUCGAAGCCAAAAAGAACAGGAAAAAGCUGCAGGGGAUGUGAGAAUAACAAGAUAACGCAAGGGAUCUUUAUAGAAAAGGCCUACGAAUAUGUGGUACGUGCUACGGUGGAAUCUUUCGUAAUUGUUGGUGAAAAUCUGAUGUACACGACCAUCAUUGUAAACGACGUCUUGAAAUUUACGGAUAUCAACAUUCCGAUUGGUGAGGUUCAUCUUGUAACAAAGAACUCGUGUGUGUGUCCGAGGGUAACGCCUGGAUUAGAAUAUGUCAUAAUGUGUUACCAAGAUCUGGAGAAUGGACGUCUUAGACUACAGGAGGACUGCGUCGCUCAGGAGUGGGACGACGAUUCCAACUGGCCGAGACUCGUCAAGAAAUGGAACAAGAAACUCCGUAAAGCUGAACGUCUGAGCUCAGAGAGAACGAAACCCACCUCUCCCACCAGCAGCAGUAGUAAACGUCGACGACGCUCGCGCCCUGUGCCCACUGAAGCUGAAGCGCCCUCUUCUGACAGGAGGGGUCGGGGAAGAAGCCGGUACGAAAGCGAGGUUGAGAGUGUCUCCGACAUCCCGUGGUGAUGGGACCCAUUUUGAAGUCAUGUGACUGAGUUGGUGAUCGCAAUCAUUAUGACGUCAUUUUAUGCUACGCUGCUGGAAAGUCAUUGCACACACGGCAACCAACCUUUACGAAUUGCUUCUGCCAGAUAAAUACAUGCCGUUUCAGUACAUGGCGUUUACGUCAUUCUUGAAUCUUGACAGCUUUGCUUAUUACAUUGUUGUUUUUUGUGCUGUUGUCAAUAUGCAGUUUGAAACCAUAAUACAUAAAAAACUGUUUGUUAAAAAUCCUUUUAAGCUAGUUUGGUUCGUUCCUAAACCAGCGUACAGAGUUGUUAUUAUUGCUUACAUUAAAUACAAGUUGUUUUUAAUCAAGACUAUCCACAAACAUUUCUUCUAAACCCCAUGUUUCCAGAGCCCCCUUUAUGCAUGGCGUGAGAAAGUGAAUUUGAACGGGCAAUAAUUUGAGCUGUUUAAACACAUAAAAAUAAUAACAAUGAUAGGCAUGACAUUGUCUUGCGCAUUAAUUUUAUGAAAAGUCGUUUCAAAAUAUAUUAUGUAAAUAAUCUAAAAACACUUGUUUAAAGUGACUGAAGUCAUUUCCACGAAGAAUUAAUUUUUCGUAAGUAGAAAAAAGGAAUCCGCGUUUUUUUUUUUCCCAAAUUAAUGCCCGAACUUUCGAAUGUCCUAACACUGUUGGAGGGUAAAGGGUCUACAUUAAUCACUCUUAAAAUGAGUGGCAAUACAUGAACACACUUUUGGUUUAAUAGAAGCCUACACAGGUAUAAAAGGUAUCAGUCGUUAUCACCAACAAUUUAACCUGAUAUUUCACCUUGUGUAUUCUAAUAAUUAUGGGUUAUUCUUUUUGUGUGGACAUUACCAUUACCACUCCAGAUUUUAUGUGGACGUGACCAGCACCAUUUUAAAAAAUUAAUAACAUUUCAUGAUGUUUCAAUUUCAUUUUUUGCAACACCGCAAGGGUUGGAAAACGGUUUUACAUUGUUGUCUACAGUGGUUGUAUUAUUCUUUUAGGGGGAAAUUAUACCAUUCAAUAGGGAGUCUGCAUAACUUUGGCUGUUUUGUAUGAUAAAAACAAAAGUGUUAACAAAACUUAUAAAUAAUAAUCUUGUAACAUUGUAUUCAUUUUAACAUAAUGUUUACGAAAGUUUGUAUGCGAUGUUUAAUGGAGUAUUUUGCGAUCAAAUCGCAAUGCAUUAUUAACCGUUUGUUCACUGUUUUAAAUGAUUUUGUUUGUAUCUUGUUUUGGGUUUAACCCCCUGUAUAAACUUAAGGGUAGGCCUUAGUAGUAGCAUUAUCUGAAUCUGAAUCUAAAUGAGAGACUUUGAAACGCUAGGUGGCAGCAGACUUACCAGGUAAAAUUAAUUUUCAUU